GUGUCGUAUGGGCUCCAAAAUGUGUCGAGAUGGGACAGAAUGUGUUCUCUUCAGUCACGUUUGUGACGGAGAGAGAGACUGCCGAGAUGGAUCAGAUGAAGAAGGAUGUGAAAAUCUCCACUUAAAUGAAUCUCCUGCACCAGUGGAGCCAUCUACUCAGCCUCCCACCAAGCCGUCCUGCAUCAGCCCUUCAUUUCUGUGCCCAGAUUCUUCUUUAUGCAUUAAGCCAACCCAGAUAUGUGAUGGGAAGAGAGACUGCCCUGAUGGAUCUGAUGAGAAUUGUGUGAAGAGAUGCCCUGACAAGACUGACUUCCGCUGCAAAGACCGCAGGAGCUGCAUCUCAAAGAGUCUGGUUUGUGACGGUCGCUCUCACUGCCACGAUGGCUCAGAUGAGGUCAACUGCGCAAGGGUAGCUCCCCCAGCAGCUCAAGCCAACGUCCUGAAGUGUCGUAUGGGCUCCAGACUGUGUAAAGAUGGGACAGAGUGUGUUCUCUUCAGUCAUGUUUGUGACGGAGAGAGAGACUGCCGGGACGGGUCAGAUGAAGAAGGAUGUGGUGAGUCCUUGUGA